AUGUCUAACAAGGAGGAACCAUCAAGCGUUGGGGGUACACCAAACAUGGAUUUUGUUGUCAAUGCUAUGCAAAAACAGUUUGAGCGCUUCAAUAUGGUUUUUAGGGAAAUAAGGGAUAGGAUGGAUAGACAAGAUGCAAUGAUUGCAAACUUGCAAAGGGGGGAACCUAAUAGAAAUCCUAAUUUUAGACGACCUUUUGGGCAUGGGUAUGAAGAGUUUGAAUCUGGAAAUGAAGCAAGAAGUGAGAAUGAGGAAGAUUAUGAGUCUGAAAUUGAGAUGGGAAGAAAUAGACGUAGAAGAGUAAGGCAUGAGCGAGGUCAUGGGAGAAAUGCUACAAGACAAAGGAAUAGGGAAGACGGGAACCUUGGUAACAUUAAAAUGAAGAUACCUUUUUUCCAAGGUAGAAAUGACCCUGAAGCUUAUUUGGAGUGGGAAAAGAAGAUAGAGAUGAUUUUUGAGUGCCAUAAUUAUUCUGAAGCAAAAAAGGUGAAAUUGGCAGUAAUAGAGUUCACUGAUUAUGCAAUCAUUUGGUGGGAUCAAUUGGUUUUGAGUAGAAGAAGAAAUGGUGAGAGGCCUAUAGCAACUUGGGGAGAAAUGAAGACUCUCAUGAGGAGGCGAUUUAUUCCUAACCAUUACUUUAGAGACCUCUAUAAAAAAUUGCAGACCCUUAUGCAAGGCUCUAAGAGUGUGGAGGAGUAUUAUAAAGAAAUGGAGGUGGCUAUGAUAAGGGCUAAUGUGACAGAAGAUAGGGAGGCUACAAUGGCUCGUUUCUUGAAUGGAUUAAAUAGAGAGAUAGCUAAUAUAGUGGAGUUGCAGCAUUAUGUGGAGUUGGAAGACAUGUUGCAUGUGGCAAUAAAAGUAGAAAGGCAACUCAAGUGUAAGGGAGCCUCAAAAUUCAAUUCUGGUUCUAGUAGUUCCUUUGUGAAACAAAACUGGAAGAAAGAAGACAAGACUGAUUCCAAGGGGGUUUCCAAAGGCAAGGAUGAAGCUUCAACUAAAGGCAAAGGUAAAACUGAUUCCCAAACUUCUAGAAACAGGGAUAUUAAAUGCUUCAAGUGUUUGGGUACAGGUCAUAUAGCCUCUCAAUGCCCCAACAAGAGAGUCAUGAUUGUGAAAAAUAAUGAAGUGGUAACUGAUGGUGAAAGUGAUGAAUCCAUGCCUUCACUUGAAGAUGCUAGUGAUGAUGGGGUUGAAUAUGCAGUAGAAGGAGAAGCACUUGUGGUUAGAAGAGCUUUGAAUUCUCAAGUUAAGGAAGAUGACAUGGAGCAACAAAGGGAGAACAUUUUUCAUACUCGCUGCCUCAUACACAAUAAGGUAUGCAACUUGAUCAUUGAUGGGGGGAGUUGCACGAAUGUUGCAAGUACUACAUUGGUUGAGAAAUUGAACUUGUCCAUCAUUAAACACUCCAGAUCGUACAAGUUACAGUGGUUGAAUGAAUGUGGAGAGGUUAAAGUUACGCAGCAAGUCCUUGUUUCAUUCUCAAUUGGCAAGUAUAGUGAUGAGGUGUUAUGUGAUGUAGUUCCAAUGCAUGCCAGUCAUAUACUUUUGGGCAGACCAUGGGAAUUUGAUAGAAGGGCUACUAAGGAUGGGUAUACAAAUAGAUACUCAUUUAUGAUGAACAACAGACCCGUUACACUUGUACCAUUGACUCCUAAGCAAGUUUAUGAAGAUCAAGUCAAGAUGCAAAAAGAGAGAGAAUUUGAAGAUGUAUUCCUUGAAGAUAUUCCUCCUGGCUUACCACCCAUUAGAGGAAUUGAACAUCAAAUUGACUUCAUUCCUGGAGCAACAAUUCCCAACCGUCCAGCUUAUAGAAGCAAUCCUGAAGAAACCAAAGAACUUCAAAGGCAAGUUCAGGAGCUCAUGGAAAAGGGGUAUGUAAGAGAAAGUUUGAGUCCUUGUGCUGUUCCAGUUCUUCUUGUUCCUAAGAAAGAUGGAUCAUGGAGAAUGUGCAUUGAUUGUAGGGCUGUGAAUAACAUCACGCCUCCUCCACCGCCUCGGUUAGCUUCGCCGGCUACCAUGGCCACCCCUAUACCAGCUGCUAGCGCCUCCGCCUGCCGCUGCACCGGCCACCACCACCUGCCGCUCGCGUUACCUCCGCAACCGGCCUCCCCUGCGCAGCCUGCACGCAACUACGAGCUCGCGGGACAACCAUGGCCGCCAACCAGCCACUGCUGA